AUUGGUGAUCCGCUCUCAGGCAAAAUGCAAGCACUAGUACUAGUGUUGCUUGCCACAGGAGCCUUGGCUGCACCAUUUGGUGGCCAAUUAGGCUCAAGACGACGAGUCCAAAAGGACAACAUUAUUUGCAGUAAAAAAACUGUACGAUUCCAUUAUGGAAAAGAAUACUCCUACAAUUAUGUAGGAGAGACCAUUACAAGCGUGAAUGGCUCUUCAAACGCUCAGUCGGCGCUGAAGAUCAAAGCACGCUGUAGUAUCAGAACUGUUGGUUCAUGCCAGCAUGUUUUGAAGAUCGACUCAAUAGAGCUCUGGGAAGCCCAGGGCAAGAACGUCCCUUUGGUCUACCAACCAUCAAGGGACACUGAAGCAUUUGCUCGAGAGCUACAAGCUCAUGAACUCCUCUUCCGAUCCAGUAAUGGAGCCAUUAUCGGAGUCUCGCCUGAUCCAGCUGAGUCUUCGAAGAUUCUUAACAUCAAAAAAGGAAUCCUCAGUGCACUGCAGGUUCAGUUUAUCAAAGAUAAGCAAGCCACCAAGACUGAGACCGAUGUCGCAGGCAAGUGCCCUGUGCAUUACCGAGUCCUCUCAAAACAUCUUUCCGGUAGAGUAAACCAGAUUAGAAAGACAAGAAACCUAAGGGAAUGCACUGAACGAUCCAAGACGGACCUCGGCAUCCAUUUCCACCAGUACAACGAAAAGUCUCUGAAUUUGCUUCAAUCAACAAGUAACUGCCUCUACACACUGUCAGCCAAGAGAUAUGUCCAGAAGGUCGAGUGCUACGAGAAACAUUUGUUCAGACCCUUCUCUUCUGGAAUCAGUGCAGGAGCAUCCACCGUAUCCAAGCAAAUCCUGACCCUUCAGAAAACAAGAAAAGUUGACCCUAUAGACAAACGCCUGGACGGUCGCCAAACCCUCCCCCUAUCAUUUCAACACCACAGCCCAAGACCUGACAACCUGGAGUCUGAACGAGUCAUCGAAAUGAUCACACACCUUGCUCGUCAAUCAAUGGAUGAGACGAAGCCAGAAUCAGCUCGCUUGUUCUCCAAACUUGUGUUCUCUAUGCGAAAGUUGAAGGACAGAGCAAUGAUGAAGGUUUGGAUUAGAGUGUUUGACUGUGACAAGACUGGCGUCUGCAGGCCUGAAGAGAAAGAUCGAUUCCAGAUGUUUCUCCUUGAUGCUAUCCCACACUGCGGCACCACGGGCUGUGCUGAGGUUAUCAACCGUGCCAUCAAAGAAGAGCUUGUCAACGGUGAGCGUGGUAAUAUGUUCCUAUCUGGACUUGCUUUGGUAAACUCACCUUCAGAAGAAAUGAUCGGACACGUGCUUAACCUCUGCGAGGCCAGGCCAAGCAGAACAGGAAUGUUGACUCUUGGAACACUGAUCCACAAGAUAUGUGAAGACGGACACUGCGACGACUUGGAAUGGAACAGUCCCAUACUUAAAGCUGAACGCUGGCUUUCCAGCAUGAUUGGCAAGGGCUGCAAGUUCGAAACUCCAGAAGAUGCUGAGAAAAUAGUUAUGGCCCUAAAAGCCAUUGGUAAUGCCGGACGUCCAUUCAAUGUCAGAUAUUCCCUUUUGAAGUGCGCUAUGAGUGACCUUCCAAAGAACAUGUCCAUCGCUGCUUUGGAAGCUCUCCGCCGAAUGCCAUGCUCCCAAGACACUACUGACCAACUUCUGAACAUUUAUGGAAACUCACACUUUGAUGUUGAAGUUCGGAUUGCAAGCUAUCUUGCACUUGUGAGAUGCCCAAAUGUUGAUCUCUUCAAACGUAUUGCUGAUAUCCAGAAGAAGGAAGUCAACAAGCAAGUUGGCUCAUUCGUCUGGUCUCAUUUAACCAACGCCAUGGAGUCUACUGAACCUGUUUAUGGACGCCCAAUGGCUGACAUGAUUCGCAAGGCUCUAAAAGGGAAUAUUCUUCGUGAAUUCAACUUGAACCGAUUGAGAUUCUCUCGAUCAUUUGAAGCGUCAUACUACAAUGACCUUCUCGGUGCUGGUGGUUCUAUGCAAGGUCACCUAAUCUACCACCCCAACAGUUACUUUCCCCGCAGUACGCAGUUGAACAUGACAGUAGAUGUCCUUGGUGCAUCCAUCAAUCUGCUGGAGGCUGCCGCUAGGUUCGAAGGAUUUGAGACUCUCAUCGAACAGUACUUUGGAGAGGAUGGUUACUACCCAGACAAUCGCAUCAUGGAAAUGUUCAAACUUACACCACAUGAAGGCAGGUCGGAUGAAGAACAGCAGCUCAAUAACAAAGUCAGAGGACGGCGUAGCAUCAAGGAUGAUAUCAACAGAGUAGAGCCACAGCUAAAGAAACUCAACAGAAAGAUCGAUAACAUGAAACACAGGCCCAGUGGUAGCGUCUCACUCAAACUCUUUGGAAAUGAAAUCAGAGUAGCAAGCUUCGAUGACAUCAGCUGGCUCCAGAAUGAAGCCGACAAUGUCAACAUGGUCGAUCUUCUAAUCAAGAUCGCAAAGGGUGGCAAAAAGACUUACACCAAGAGUCUGAUGUUCCUUGAUAUUGAAACCAUUGUUCCUACACUGCUUGGUCUUCCACUUAAACUCGACGCGAAGGGCACCUCAGUUGUUUCCGUUGAAAUGAAAGGAAAGUUUGACAUCAGAAAUAUGUUCUGGGGACCAAUGGCAUUUGAUGUUCGAGGACACCUUAAACCAAGUGCUGUGGUUGAAGUUGCUGGUCGUAUGGGUGUGGAUGCUGUCUUCGCUGAAGCUGGAGUUCUCUUGAACACUUCUAUGUACACCUCCACUCAGAUCAAUGGUAAUGGUACCUAUAAGCAAGGACAGAUCUUCAAGUUUGACGUUGGUGCACCAACUAAGCCAGUUCAAAUUUUCAAUGUCUCAUCAAGCCUGUAUGCCACCUUAAACGGCCUUGAAGCUCAAAUUCGUGGAACUGAUAGGCGUAUUGAGCCUUCUCCUUGCCUUAACUUCACCCGUGUGCUUGGAAUCGCUGUAUGCGGUCGAAUGUCUCUACCAGUUGCAUUCCGUGAUCUGAAGGCACCUUUCUUCCCACUAUCUGGACCUGCCUCAUUCAGCUUGUCCGUUCUUCCAACUGACCCAAAGCUUCGCGUAUACAAACUCGUUGCGCACAGACUUCCAACCGAGGAGGAAAGCAAUUAUGAUAUCAUUGCAAGAAUAUCGACACCUGGUGCAACUUGGGAGCGCGAGUUUGAAGCUAAUGCAUCUUUGUGGUUGAAUGAUAACAAGAAAAGCUUCAGCGUCUCUACCGGUGCUCUUGGUUAUAAAUUUGGCAACAUCUCAGCCUCCUACCACAAUAUCACUAAUGCUGUCAACGUCACAUUUGAUGCCAGAGACGUGAUGUAUGGCAAUCGUAUUAUUCUGAAUGGACAGUACUUUAACGAGACCAACCCUGAGACCAGUGAACGUCAAAUCGGAACAAAGUGGCUUGCAUCCUACAAGAACUAUACCAUAAGCCAACUUAAUAAGGUCUACAAUAGAUCAAGCACAUAUGGCAUUGUCAGUAACACUACCUACUGGCCGGGAAAAUACAUUUUUGCCAAUGCUGAAUUGUCUCUCCCAAGAAAGACCUUUAACAUAAUCGCUAACCAUACAUGUACCAAAACCUCUCUGAAGCUCAACGGGAAGCUGGGCAAAGAAGAAGACUCUCUACAUUUUAACUUCACCACGGUGAAGAAUAUCAGCAUUGAAAUGAAUGCUGUCCUGGACAAGAUCAAAAAAGAAGCAAAUCUAAAGACUUAUAUUCUUCCAAUUAAACAAUCCUUCACUGUAAAGAGCUCUUACGUCUCUCAAGACACCGAAAAGGGUCUUCAUUUUAAAGCCAUACACGAUAACAAGAAUCGCGUGUUUACCUGGUACACGGGUUUUGUUAACCAAACAAAUGAGAAAUCCAUCAAGACUAACGCUUCAAUACUCGGAAAACCCUUCCAAGCCAAGUGGACCUUCUUUAACUACACGACGGAAAAAGGCUUUAAAUUCAACAGCACAGCUAUGGACAAGUCUGUCAAUGGUGCAAUCGCUUUGAUUGUCAAAGACGGAUUGAAAAGCAUCAAAGUUAAUGGAUCGGCAUUAAAUAAAACAGCUGAAGCCUUCUGGUCUUACAUCAAUAGUGGAGUGCGCAGAAGUUUGAACUUUAAAGCCAGUAUUGUCAAGAAGAACUUCAGUGCUGAUUUGACAUUCCACAACAUGACUCAAAUCAAGAGCCUGACAUUCAACGCUUCAGGACUUAAUAAAACCGUUGCUGCUGCUUUGUCCUUCUUGAACUAUACCAACGACAAAGUCCUCAAAUUCAACGCCUCUGCUCUGAAUGAAACCAUUGAAGCACUGUGGAUGUAUUCCAAAGCUGAUACAGUCCGAAGCCUCAAAUUCAAUGCAUCUGCUUUGAACAAGACUAUUGAAUCAGUGAUGUCAUUCUUCAACCUUCCACAAGAAAAGACCAUCAAGCUGAAUGCCACAGCACUCAACAAGACAGUGGAGGCCCUUUGGACGUUCUUCACUCUACCAACUGAAAAGGGCUUGAAAUUCAGCGCAAAGGGACUUAACAAAUCUGUCAGUUCUUUUGUCAGCUUUGUAGAUGUGCCAUCAACGAAAGCAUUGAAAUUCAACGCCACAGCUCUUAACAAGACCAUCGAAGCGGCUUGGAGCUACCUUAGCAGCGAUAGCGAAAAGACAAUCAAGUUCAACGCCAGCGCUAUUAACAAGACCAUGGAGGCACUUUGGACGUACUUCAAGACUGAAUCAGAAAAUGGACUACGCUUCAAUGCACAAAUGAUGAAUAGAAGUGUCGAAGGUGUAUGGAGCUACUUCGCCAAUCAAGCAGAGAAGGGUUUAAAGUUCAACGCCACUGUUUUGAAGAAAACAGCCAACGCAAGUGUAUYCUACUUCAUGUCUCCAGAAAGUAUUGGUGUCCAAUUCAAUGCCAGUGCUCUAAACAAAUCUAUUGGAUUGCUUACAAAGAUAUCAAAAGACGGAAACCACAAGACCCUUAGCAUUGGAGGCGCUUACCAAAACUACAGCAUUGCUCUCAUUUCCGCACUAAAAAAUUUUACUCUCCACAAGAGCCUGUGCAUCCACUCUGAAUUCCUCGGUCGUCGCUAUGGUCAAUUUUGUGCAUCCUUCUCUAACAGCUCCAUGGACAAAAGUCUUGCUUUGAACAUUACCAUGCUUAACAGAAGUGCUGAAGUAAAAGCGCAAAGAUAUGAAGAACCAAACUAUUGUGCUCUUCGUUUCUCAUGCAAGUACAAUAGCACCAUCUUCAUGGAGUCUUGGCUAAAGUACCAACACACGAAAACACUCAAAUCCGCAGGAAUGAACAUGACCAUCUUAAACAAGUCUAUCGCUGGGGAAGUCUUCAUGGAACACAAACCAGAGGUAUCAACUAGGACAUUUGGAAUCAACGUAGAUGUCUUAAAUAAAUCAAUGGGAGUCAGGACCAACUGGAUCAACCAUAAAACACUCAAAGAACUCUCUUCUCAGUUGCUUUGGAACAAAACACAAAUUGCAAGCUCCGCUUUCAUUUUCCAAAACUUGACGCAGGAAAAGAUAAUAACACUCCGCUAUCAUCUUGGUCGUUAUGCUGCUGUCAUGAAGGCUGAACACCGACUACGAGAUGGACAACGAGAAAUGGAACUUGUUACCUUUAUCAGGAAUGGAACUAAAAGGGUUUUCUACGACAGCUCUUCCCUCGUCUAUAAAAACAAAGACGGAAGGAAAGAUCUCAGUUAUGCUUUCAGUUUGUCUACCCUUGGUCGUACCUUCAAGUACGGAUGGGAUUUGUCACAURCCAAUAGGUCUACUAAAAUGUCAAUGGAUCAUGAAGUGAAAGCAGCUCUGAUGUACUCUAGCAACAAACGAGUUUCUAUUAGUAGCAGAAUCGUCAAUAAUAAACAACAAAUGGCCAACUACCUUACAGUAGAAUACCUUCCAAGCAAAACCGUUGAACACAGCAUCGUAUGGAAUAAAGAAGGAAAGAAUAUCAUUACCACAAUAGAACUACUUCCGCGUAUUCCGUUUGUCAACAAAUUUGAAUGGAACACUGAGGAUGGUCUAUUGGUGCGCUCUUCAACCUUUGUGUUMAAGAAUUCACUCGAGAGUUACUUCCGUUUCAAUAAGAAAUCGGAAAACUACUUUGGACAAAUAGAACUCCUUCCUGGCAAGAAAAUUUCAUUCAAUGGAAGCUUCUCAAGAAUAAAUGGUCUGUUGGUUACAUCCACAAUCGAGGCUUUUGCCAAAAAAUGGUCACACAAGCUUGACAUCAACAGUAAGCAGCGGAGGUUUUAUGUGUCUAUGGAGUUUAUCCCACAGAAGCCAGCCUCAUUUGAAGCCAGCUGGGACAUGGUUGAUGGUCUUAAGAUCAAGAGUAAGCUGUCUGCACUUAAGAAGUCUCUCAAUUUGAAUGAUUUCAUCGAGAAACUUAAGAAAACAUGGAAGUAUGACAUCACAAUUAUGAAGGAAAAGAUUCUAUUCUUUGGAAACUAUGACAAAGAAACAAAGACACUGAAUGGAAGCAUACAAAUCCGCGACCGCAGGAUUGGAUUUGUCGGACGAUUUGAUUUGAAAGCCUACAUCGCAAGUGCUUACCUGACAUGCAAUCAGCACAAGACUGGAUGGUUCGUCAAGCUCGACCGCAAGUCACGAAACAUUGUUUUCAACACCACCUUGACUUCACGUAUCUCUGGGCAAGUUGUCGCAGAAAUGCCCAACAAUAAACAGUUGCAGCUGACCCUCCAAAGGAAACUUGGUGUUGAUGUUGUGAAUGAGUCAAGAAUUAUCUAUAAACUCAGCCCGGAAGUUAGCCGAAUCUUCUUGACAUGGAAUACCACAACUGUCAACUACGUUGCUUCCAGGAUUCAAUCACUAAAGCCGAUCGUUAUCAACGAAACAAUGAAGCUCUACAACUCAACUUUGAAAGCAGCAAAGAACUUAACCAAACAAGUCGAAAUCAUUGUUAAGAAGAUUGAAGCGAAAUUGAAGCCACAUGCAAUGAAAAUGUACAAAGCCAUCAAGGAAUACGACUACAGAGGUGUCUACAACAACAUCAGUAUUCUGGCCAGAAACAUGAGCAUCAAGGCUGUGAACUUUACUUCACAAACCUACAACAUGUCUAUGACAGCCCUCAAGAAGGCAAUCAAAGACCUUCCUAUGAUUGCUCGUGAUGCAACUGAGCUCUAUAAGAAGAUCCGUGCCGAAAUAAUUAAAAUCAAAACCGAGAAGAUACCCAAGAUUACCAAACAAGCAGAGGCUCAGCUCAAUAAGCUAAAAGGCCAUUUAAAGAACGUUGGUCUUCACUUGACGAACAUCAGCCGUGAUCUGAAGAGGUGGGGUAACAAUGUCACCAUCAUGGUUGCCGAAAUCAAGAUCCGCAAUGUUAAAGUCAGCCAUAUUGUACAGCGCAUUGUGAAAAUUGUUUCAGAACUUCAGAAAGAACUAUUGAAGAACGCAUCCACUCAGGCCAAGAAGCUCAUCACCAAGAUCCGCGCAAUUGAGGUCCGCAAGUUGAAGAUCGGUGAGAUGUUAGACAAAAUUGUACUUCAGAUACGCGAAUUUAGCUGUGACUUUGACACUAAAUGCACGUGGAAAAAAAUAACCAAGUUUGGUGUAAAUCUUGGCCAUAAAAUCAAGAACCUGCAGAUUCUCAACAAGAGUCUUGAGCGACAUUUCAUGUUCUUCAAGGAAAAAUCCAUUCAAGCAAGCAAUGAAGUGGUCAUUCUGUCUAGGAAACUCGUCAAGAUCGCACCAACGUUCAUGCGCAAUACAACUAUCAAAGCCAUUCAACUUGUUCGAAACCUGAAUAUUGAAAUGAAAAACUUGUCAAAGAUCAUUUCGAGGAGAGUUCACCUUGUUGUCUCAAACGUUAGUCUUAACGUCAACAAGUACACAAAACCUCUCACAAAACUGAUAGUCAAGGUAUCUGUUUCAAUCUACAACCGAGUCAAGCCACAGAUCGUGAUGUACAUCGAACGCAUCAAACCCUCAAUGCAAUACGUUAAAACACUGUAUAUGGAUGUUGUGAAAUUUAACAAGCCAAUUUUCACGCCUUUUGCUCCUCUGUCUAAGGAAUUAUUGAAUAAGAUCUCAAGCAUAACUGUCAAAAAGGUCCCAAUUGGCGCUGCACUCGAAACGACAAUGAAAUUGACUAUAAGUGAAGUAGGAAAACUCUUGAAAAAAUACAAUCACACCAUUAGCAACGACGUAACAGCUGUCUUGAAAUUCAUUAAUGAGCUUUCAAAGAAAACACCAGAAGAAAUUAUCGACAUAACUAUCAUCAAGGUAUUCAAGUUGGUCAACCACACUAAAGAACUUGUCAACAAAACUAUCGAGUUAACAUUCAAUCACUCUAAAACUGCCUUACAGUCAUACAGGAAAGCCAUAAAUACCUUGAAUCAGAAGAUCAAGAAAAUAAUGGACAUGAGACCAGAGGACGUCGUAGAACUUUCAAUUCAAAGCAUCCACCUAACCAUCAAAAACAUGACGGCUUUCGUGAGAAACAUGUCGAUUGAAGCCAAAAGUGUAGCAAAACAGAUUCAAAAUCUAGACUUUACAACACCUUUCUUGAAACUCUGGAAAGAAAUAGACUUGAUAAACAGAUACAGCUCCCUCGGUCUUGAUAAUAUGUUGACCAAGUUUGCAAACAAAUACACUCAAAUGUACAAGGCCCUGAACCUUAAAGGACGAGUGAUGGCAAUUAAGAACAGAUAUGAGCAACACGGAAAGAAAGUCAUGAAAGAAGUAAGAGAGUUCACUGCCUUUGGAGAAAAAGCCUUAAAUUUGACCAUGAAACUCAUCAAAAUGCAAAUCAAGCGUGAAGAUUUUGUCAAGGAACUCAUCUCAAUUGUCGAGGGAUCUAAAAUCAUGGCCAAGAAACACUUCCAUCUCGCCAAAGAUGCCACCUUUGCACUGUACACGCUACACAACAAGURCUACCAAACCACUUUAAGAUCUCUCAAUGGCUACAAGAACCUCAGCCUAAGCAAAGCAAAGGAUUCCUACAAGAAAAUGGAGAAUUAUGUCGUACAGUUUGCAAAAGAGCAUGAACAAGAGUUCAAAGAAGCAUACGAAUUUUAUAAGGACAUUGUUCUUGACAUAUAUAAGAUUGCAGAAAAAGAAUCGCAAGUUGCAAGGAGAAAGGCCAUGGUAAAACUAGAAGAAUUCAAGAAAAUGUUGGUCGUCCGGAUGGAGACACUUAUCCAAAAAUUACGAAAGUACGAAAACAUGACAUAUGAGGAAAUGGCUCUCAAGGUAUACAAGAUCUCCAAAAAAAUUGGUCUUCAACUGUACAAGAACUACAGCACAAAAGCCAUUUCACUGUUUAACAAAACAAGGAAUGCUACUCUGAAAGCUUACAACCUUACCAGAAUCAUGGCGAUGAAGUACUACAACACUGGAAAGAUGCACGCCAUACGUAUCUUCGAUAAAACCAAGAACUUUACAAUCACCUAUUACAAAAUAUCGAGAAAUUUGAGCAUCAAGUACUACCAGAUUUCCCGCAACAUGACAGUGAAACUGUACAAUAUCACCUACAACAUGACCAUCCGUGGUGUUGAAUACCUAAACAAGACUGUCAGACCACAAAUUAUUGUAUACUAUGGAAAAAGCAAAGUCAACUUGAUCAAACUGUACAAUGAUGCCAAAGAUUUUGCCAAAAAAUCUGUUGAAGGUGUGAAAAUUUGGUAUGGCGAAAACAAGGAAAAGACAGUUGAAGAAGUUUACAAUGAAGCAUAUGGUGCUAUUGAAGUUAGAGUUAACAAGCUAACCUAUAAAGCGAGAGCCAAAGUACAAGAACUCAAAGCUAAAGUACAAGAACUCAAAGCUAAGGUGCAAGCUCAGAUAGUCAUGGUGAACAAAACCAUUAGAAACAUUUCAAUGGAAGUGUUGUCUGUAUACAAUCAAACAAAGAACGUCACCAUCAUAGCUGGUAAACAACUUAUAGCUAUCUUUAUGCCGUAUGCCAAGACAGCCAAAAACAUAUACGAUUUACAAUACAAGGAUCUGAAGAAGGCUAUUGAAAAUAUGGAUUUUGAAAUGAUUUACAAGGCAAAAAACAUGACCAUUUUAUACUUUAACAAAACGAAGACUAUGGCCAUACUUCACCUUAACAAGGCAAAGAACUUUUCAGUAGAGUUUUAUCGUAACAUCACCAGCCAUAAAGAGUUCAAAAAUUUCAUGGCCAAACACAAGAUUCAGGAGCGCUACAAUGCUGCGAUCACUAAAGCCAAGGAAAUUAUCGAGAAAGUCAAGAAGUUCAUCAAUGAGACAAGACCAAAGAUAGAAGCCAAAUACAGAGAGGCUAAAUACUUCUUGAAUUACACUCUUCCUAACAUGAUCAAGGAGAAGAAGGCUGAAAUAAUGGCAAACCCUAAGGAGUAUGUUCGAUCCAUCUACAUAAAAGCCAAAGGCAAGAUCGAUGAAAUGAUCAAGGGAACCGCUGUUGAGGAAAUCAUCAUGCAUGAGAUCUGGAGCGAUUAUCUUGAAGAGUUCAAACAACAUGAGUUUGUUGAAAUCAGCAAAGAAAUCGGCAAAAUGGGAAAAGCAAAGGUUGAUGCCGCUUUGAAGAAACUCAAACAACAAUUUGAGGUCUUGAAACAGAAAGCUGAAGAGGUAAAGAUUAAGUUGCAGAACAAAGUUCAGGAAAUCAAACAAAAGGCCAAGAAAAUCUACAAGGACACAAAGAUUGCGGUUGUUAAGGGAUUCAACGACUUGAAACAAAUGAAGGUGAAAGAAAUCAUCGAGCACAGGUACGUCCUUUUGACCAUUGAGUUCGCCAAGAACACAAGCUACAAGAUCCAAAAUGUAACAAUGCAAGCUAAAAACAUCACCCUAAAGUAUGUUACUGUAGGAAAAGUCUUCUACAGGAACAUGACGGUCAAGGUUCGCAACUAUACUCAGCUCGUGAAGAAGUUUGCUCUUGAAUUGAAAAAGAAUUACACAAUUGGCCUAAGAAAAGUCAAGAUCAUUGCCAAGAAGUACUACAUCGCUGCCAAAAACUACACCGACAAAGUUAAGAACGUGACCAUCAAGUACUAUCGAAUUGCCCGCAACUGGACUUCGGUUCAAGUUAAUGUCACUAAGGUAUGGAUGAAUAAGACAGCUGAGAGGUACAUCGAAAUAUACAAGGUGAAAGUUGUUCCAUACUACAAGAACAAAGUCAUUCCGUUCUAUCAAAACAAGGUUAUCCCGAUGUACCAUAAAUACAGAAAAAUGGUUAGUGAAAUGGGUAACAACAUCACAAAACGCAUCCUGACUAGCCAUGCAUACAACUUCACUAUUGAAAGUUACAACUUUACAGUUAUGCUUCUUCGCAACGCCAGCAAGAGCACCCCACGCCAUACAGUCUUGAAGAUGCGAAACAUCACUCUCGCUGCUUACAACUUUUCGCUUGAAACCGCAAAGAAAGCAAUGAACCUCAGCAAGCUUGCAUACAAAGAGGGACUAAAGAAGCUCAAUGCCGCCAAGAUUCAACUUAACAAGUUUUUGAACACAACCGUCAAGCUUACAAUCGAAUCUAUGAAGCCUAUUUUACCAGUAUUGAAUUUCACAAAGAAUGAAAUUAUCGAGACCAUAAUUUUUAUCGAUAAAUACUACGGUAUUGAAGAUCUUCUUCGUGAACGAGUCAAGCAUCAUUACAAGAAGUUCCAUUUCCAUUACCAAAAACUGAAUAAGACUCUAAUGCGACAUUAUGCUAAGAUGCAAAACGAUUCAGAGGAAUUCUUGAAGACUCUUCCUGGUCUUGCAAAGACGUCGGCUUACGAAGCCCUUGAACUCGUCAACAAAACAAUCAGGUUUGUACACUAUUCCAUUGGAUACGUAAACUCAACAAUGUUCAGACUCAAAAGAUCAAUGCCAGAAUUAAAGAAUUACAUCCUUAUUGAAAAAGGUGUCAUUGCCAUCAUCAUUCCACAUCCAAAACCAGUGAAAGGAGACAUAGUUUCCAUCUGCCAAGAUGCCUGUGAGAAAGUCAAAAAAUUACCUGAAGAAACUUCGAAGAUGGCUCGCCAAGCUCUUGCAACAUCCAAGACUUAUGCGAACAAAGCUUUGUUGAUGUCCAAAAAGUUGAUGGAGAAGGCAACGCAGUCACCUGUAUACCAGAAGGUUCAUGCAACUAUUAUGAAACUCGUCACCGCAGCUAAAAAGCAUCCUUUGGCGAAGAAAUACUUGGACGCUUCCAUUGAAUUCUUGAGAGAAACAAACAAAUACGUUAAAGACAUCAAUGUGAAGGAGCUGGCUAUGAAAGUAAAGAACUCCCCCAUCGUUAAGAGGUACAUUGCACAAACAAAGAUGUACAUCGAGAAAACUCGCAAGUAUCUUAAAGACCUUGACUUCAAAAAGAUUGCCACUUUGACGAAGUCGUAUGCGCCAAUUGCUUACAAUAUGACGAAGGAGAUGAUGAAAAUGGGAUAUAACGUGACUCGUAACUACACCAUGAAGUUCACCAACAUUGCAUGGAACAUUACCGCUGACUUGUACAACUCAACUUCACCAAGACACGCCCUUAUGAAAGUCAGGAACUACACUGUAAGGAUUUACAACACAACAAUCCAGCACUACCGGAUGCUCAUUAAGACGCACCAACCAAAGGUUGAAAAAGUGAAAGCUUACAUCAACAAACAAAAAGCUUUCAUUUAUUUCAGAACACAGAUUGCAAUUAGCAAGGCAAAGAAUGUGUCUAUGAAAUGGUUGAACAUGACUAAAGAUCAUCCAUUUAUUCAAGACUAUGUCAACUCGACUCUCCACUUCAUCAACGUGACUGGCACAUUCAUCAAUAAGAUCAACUUGACAAAGAUUGCAAACAUAACCAAGCGAUAUGUCCCUCUAGCAUUGAACAUGACAAAAGAUAUCUGUAAGGAUAGUUACAUCUCCACUAGGAACUUCACCAUCAAUGUAGCUAAACUUGCAUUUAAUAUUUCGAUUGAUAUCUUCAACUCGACAAACCUACGUGAAGCACUCCUUAAGGCAAAGAACCACUCAACUAAAGCUUACAACGAGACGAUGAAGCUUUAUCGCAUCCUGUACAAGCAGAUCAUGGCCAAGUAUGCUGACGUUGACAAAACUGCGCGUGCUCUAUACGAGAAGAUCUACAAACAUAAGAUUACCCAGAAGUCAUUAACCCAUGCUCGUAGGUACUAUAGUCACUCUAUGGAGAUGGUCGAGUCACGUAUCCGUCACUUCCAUCACAUUAAGAAGUACUGGAGGCAUAGAUUUGCCCAUAAAGUACAUCACAUGAAGAACCUUGUUAACCCAAUGAACUGGAUUCCACCAUUCAACAGUACUGCAGUCAUAUUUGGAAAGGACCAUGUCUACACUUUCGACAGCCAAUACUUCAGAUUCCCAGGAUACAAGAACGAACGUUGCACAUAUGUCUUAGCGCAGGACGCCCGUGACGACAAAUUCACAUUGAUGAGUCAAGAAACUGCCCUGCUUUUCAAAUCUGAAGACGCCAAUGUCAAGAUCCAUUCCGAUGGCAAAGUAGAGACAAUGACAAAGAUCACUGUCGACGGCGAGAAGACCCACGAUGGAUAUGAUAGUGAACUUCCAGUCCAAUCACGAAACAUGACUGUGUUCCGCGAGGGACCAUACGUAGUACUACGUCACACUCUUGGAAUUGAGAUUCUCUGUGAUGUGGAGCAUUACCUGUGCACAUUUAACAUCGCCAAAUGGUACCACGGCCGUCUUGUGGGAUUACUUGGAACCAACAACAAUGAAGGUCAUGAUGACAUGAUGAAGUCCAAUGGAAAAAUAACAGAAGAGUUGAUUGACUUUGUUAACUCUUGGGAAGCUACUAAGGAUCCCAAGUGCCAGAUAACGAGGGAGAUCAAGCCUAAAAAGUGUCGUGGUAGCAAGUACAUCCAUCGCUGCAGCGAUCUUUUUAAGGAUCUCAAAUCGCCUUUGGCUCCGUUCUUUGAGACUAUCAAUCCGAAGCCAUUCAAACUGGCCUGUGAACAAGACUACCACAACUGUGACACCAAAGCCCCUAAGGACAUGAAACACUGCAAUGUAACGGCUACAUACGUCGAGAUGCUGAGAAUGAAGGGGAAAUGGGUUGAUUAUCUUCCUGAAUGUGGGCGUUGUGGAAACAACGAUUUAGGAAGAAGAUGGCGCCAAUCAGCCAAUAAUCAAGUCGACAUAAUUCUUGUUGUUCCCGAGACUGAAGGAAUGAAAGGUUUCGCCCUAAAAAUACCCGAAUAUGUACGUCAAAUCCAAGAAGAUCUUGACAAGUACUCUAUCCGAUUUGGGCUAGUAAGCUUUGGUGGACGAGGAAUCCAUGCUCAUCCACACCAAGUUACCAUGAACGGUAAAUUCCUGGGAACAGCAGAAGAAGUAAAGUACGCAGUCGAACAUCUCAGAUUCUCAAAAACUUCAGAUAACGAGACCGACGGAUUCGAGGGCAUUGCAAUGGCAUCCAGGUACCCAUUCCGAGCUGCCGCCACUAAGAUAGUCGUCUUGUGGACCACAUCUGAACGUAUUGCUCACGAACAUGCUCCUUGUCUGCGACGAAUGACCGAAAAACUCCAAAUGCAAGACAUAACAUUAAACAUCAUUGGAAAGUACCAAAAAUACGUAAGAGACAUCAACGGUCAGGACUACAACGGUAGAGUCUUUUACCGAAAGAUGACCCAAGGUUCCAAGCUCGGCGCACCUCUACCAGAGGGUGAAUUCAUGGAACUAAUGAAGAACACUAAAGGAUCUGCUUUCAGCAUCACAUCGUUUGGCUCAGAUUCGCGAAAACGCGCCUCGACCAUGAGGGAAUCGUUUAUGUACAGUUUGAAAGAACAAAUCAAACGAGAUCAGGUGAUGUGCAAAGAAUGUUUCUGUGCGCGUGGACGUGUCGGUGAGGGACGCCCCAUCUGCAAGAUCAACGAACAUCACAAGUGCUGAAAAUGACAAAGUCAGUCCAUGUGACACCAGUGUUACGGAACCCGCACAGGUCCACAAGGAAAUGUAUAAAUGACACAUGCGUAAACCUAUGAUUAGAAACACAUCCUUAUGUAGUUUUAGUUCAUUUAUCUUUUAAGUUUCAUUUUAGUUAUGUUUGAUUAUUUUCGUCUUAUCAAAACGCCUUCGACGGUAGCUAUGCGGGGACCGUGACGUGAUUGAAUUUAGUCCGUUCUAGGACUAGGCUCAUAGUGAAUAAUGAUUCUUUUUAAAUCGUAUUUAUUUUUAUGGAAACUUCACUAUCUUAAACAAUCAGUUGAUAUGGUACAUGGUAUGACGAACUAAGCUAAAAAACUAUUUCAGUAGCGCUUUCUUCAGAUGUUGUACUAUUAAGACUACUGUUGCGUUUUAUUAAAGUACUGAGCAUACAAAA